AUGCUACAAGUGUGUUAUCUAGGGAAGGGUCACCCACUAACCUCUUAUGUAUGCAUUAAUAAUAUCUGGUACUGCCAGAAUUCACGGCGGUUGACACGUAAGCAUAAGUGAUUGGCCACUCCAUUAACCAUAUGUGCCAAUUUUACAAGUACAGUAAAGUUAGCCCUUUGUUCACAUCGAGCUAUCGAAAAUGUUUAUUCUCUUUUUCAGGAUGCAAUACAAAGAUAAUUGUAUGACAACUUUCAUCAACUACAAUAUCACUAAAAUCAACUCGGAACGUUUGAGUUUACUUUCGAGAUGAACAAUAAUAAACCGGUUAAAACAAUAGUUAUUAUUACGGUAUAACUUUACGCGUGGUUUAAGCAUAGAUCAAUGCUUAGAAGAAAUGACGCUUGCAUGAAAGAAUGAUUGUCCUCAUUAUAAGACUAUAUUCAGGUGGUACAGAGAAUUCUAAAGGGGUAAUUCCAAUCUGGAGGGCGCUGAGAGGGAAGGAAGGCCGCGAACGUCAGUAACA